ACAAGAUUUCCGCGACGCGUCGGUUUUUCCCUGGGAAGAUGGCGACGGUCACAACAGCCACCUCAGAAUGGAUCCAGUUCUUCAAAGAUGCUGGGAUCCCUCCUGGACUGGCUGUCAACUACGCAGUGUCGUUUGUUGAUAACAGGAUUCAGAAAAGCAUGCUCAUGGACCUCAGUAAGGAAAUAAUGAUGGACUUGGGAAUUACAGUCAUCGGGGACAUCAUAGCCAUUCUCAAACAUGCAAAGCAUGUGUAUAGACAGGAUAUGUGCAAAACGACAACCGAGGCCAUUUCGUCUGGACAGACUAGUGUACAGGCUGAACUGAGACGUACUGCAAACACUCCUGCCACACGCAUGAUUGCCAAUGCUCUGAGCCGGGACUCCCCACCAAGCACUCCUGCUCGGCGCCCUGACAACCGAAUUUCAGUAACGGUCUCCAACGCCAGUGCCAAAACAGUGCCCAGCAAGCCAACAGAAGAAAAUGGGUUGCAAGUAAAGCGCCGGCGAGUCACAAGAGAAAUGGAGGGCAAAUAUAUCAUAAACAUGCCAAAAGGCACCACAGCUCGAACUCGGCGCAUCCUGGCGCAGCAGGCAAAGAAAGCUAAGGUUUUAAAGCGUACUUCAGUGUUUGACAGACUCGGGGCAGAGUCAAAGGCAGACACCACCUCAGCCAAUAAGCAGCCAACAGGUGUGUUUAGCCGACUGGGUGAAGCAGAGGAAGACGAAGACAGCGGAGGAAAGACAGAUGGUGUUGCAGACGCUUUCGAGGACAAUGACAGCGACGGCGACGGCUCGGUGCUGCAGUAUGCCGGCGUCCUCAAACGACCCCCACCCACUUCUAAAAAAGAGACCGUAACAGCCAAAACUAAACCCCUCACUCUGCGUCGACUCGGCGCAAAGUACAAACUCCCCUUAUCUGAAGGCACACCGCCGAUAUCCUCCUCUACCUCCUCCUCCAACCAAGAGGGGACACCCAAACUGGGUGUACUGCAGAGACUGGGCAAGGCCCCGUCGGUCAACCCUACCUCCUCGACCCCUCUAGUCAAUCAGCCUGCAGACACCCAGGACAGUCGUGUUACGAGUAGCAGGAGCAAAUUCCAGGGCAGCUUUGCUCUGGCCAGCCCUAAGGUCAGUAGCAGCACAGGUGACACUCACGGGGCUCAGAUGGACGCUGGCUCGGUCAGUGUAUUCAAGAGACUGGGCGCGCGGAAAACCUAAUACCUGAAAAACUAAAAGGCACCCCUUUUUUUUAUCCAGUAUGCCUAUUUUAUAACUUAAAACCCACCUGAAUUUCCGUUUGAGUGAGUGGAGAAACUCUAGGACCACCCUUGAUGGAUUGGGAAGUCGAUAUGCUGUACCUCAUGGAGUGUUAUGAAUUGAUGAUACUAGGGGGAAAAAGGGACAGCUGCAAUAUCUGUUAAAUGUCAGUGUGGACAUACCUGUUCUCAUUAUGUUUGGUUAUAGGAAUCAUGCUCUAUACCCCAUCCUACUUUUAUAGCUGCUCUCCUGCGCCUAUGUGAGUGAAACAUUUUUUCCAGAUUAAAGGGGGGGGGGUUUGUAAUAAAGAUUUUAUAAUGCAUGGCGCCCAGCAUCGAAUGCUCGAAAUGUCAAGGGUAUUUUUUGUUUUCCACUACCGUAGCCAAGAGACGUAAGUAAAAGCAUGUGCUAUGUUUACCGCAAACACCUCAGCUUACCGAUUCCUUCAUGAAGUAAGCUCAUGUUCUUACCUCCUAGCUUUUAAAGGGAUAGUUCACAAAAAAAUUUUUUUAAUUGUCAUCAUAUAUUCACUCUCAUGUCAUUUUCUUUCUUCUGUGGAAUUGUUUUUAGUCAGAAUCUUCAGAUUCUAAUUUUUGUUCCGCAGAAGAAGAAAACCCGUAUAGCUUUGGACAAGAGGAGGAGUAAAUGGUUACUCUUUCAUUUUUGGUUGAAUCAUCCCAUUCACUUCACAGGAUUUUUAUAAUACAAAAAAGCCUUUUGUUGGCUUUAAACUGCACGCAUGAGCAUUUCCAUUAAUGCGCCUUAACCUGCGGUCACACUAGACUUUUAGAAAUAAAAAUUACAUUUAACAAAUACAUUCAGAAUUAGAGAAACGUACAUUUUACUCCAUUUUCCUGCAAAUCUGCAGCUUUAAGGUUUAUUGGUGACCUAUAGGAAUUCGUAGUUCACCAAAAUUGGACUUUGAAAUGCCCAACAAUGCCAUUGUUUUAUGCGAGCUUGCAUAUUUCCUGUAUACAAGUGAAAUUGAAAAGUGUUGCGUGACCGCAACUGUAACCUUUCUCAAAGACACAAAAUCACAAUCACAGUCUGUGUUAAAGAGUCUCUGCUCUCGAAUCUCCGCAUUCAAAAUGCCAUCCAAUGAAAAUUUGUGUUGUUAAGUGUUACUUGGACAAGCAGAGCAAAUAUAGUACUGGUGAUAGCAUGCUGUUGCCAAGCAACACACGUGGAGGUGGACCCUUGUGUAUUUGUACGAGUUUUCACCCCUUUGUACUGUUCACUACAGUAACCACUAAUCAUGCCGUUGUAAUAGGAAUUCACCUACGCUUUGUGUUCCGUCAUGUUUCCUUCAUGUUUUUUUUUUUUAAUUAUAAAUAUCAUAAUUUUAAGCAUCUCAAAUGCAGAAUUUUGUUACAUUAUUAUGUUUAGGAAUAUUAAGAAUAAAACAUUUUAACUGGGUAAGUUUAUAAAAUAUUGAUGAAGAUUAUUUGUCUUGGAAAUGGAUUGAAUAUAAAAAGAUAAAACAAAAA